GACCGCUUAAAACGACCAACAAUUGAAGAACCAAUAGAAAAUUUAGAUCCUGAAUUAUUUCGAGCGACAGAGGAAAAACGGGAAGAAAUGAUAAAAUCCGGAAUUCCAUUUGUAGAAAAACCGGGAUUCGAACAUCCAAAGUCUGUUUAUUCUAGUAGAACAUUGGAUUAUCUAAUUGAGAAUUCAAAGGUCAUUUUAUAUAAUCUAUCUAAUACCGGAGAAAUUUCAG